AUGCUAAGAAGUGUCUUUACAAAGUCUGCCUCGAACUUUUUCGCUACAUCGAGGACAGCUUUAUUCAAUUCAACCAGAUCGACGUUCGUAAACCCUACGGCAUCAAUCAAAACCAAAUGGCUGACGAAGAUUCCUAUUCAGAAAAGUAUCUCAGUACGUUCAUUUUCUAAUGGCGCAAUUCUGAAACAAGUUCAAAACACCGCCAAAAAUGGUCAGGCGAAAAAUCUUUUGAAUUCCUCUAAGUGGGUUGGGUACUGGCUUGUGGGGACGUCUGGCCUUGUAUUUGGAAUAGUGGUUUUGGGUGGGCUUACCAGACUCACUGAGUCAGGGUUAAGCAUCACGGAAUGGAAACCAGUCACAGGUACUAUCCCACCUUUAAAUCAAAAAGAAUGGGAAGAGGAGUUUGCUAAGUACAAAGAAUCUCCAGAAUUUAAGCAGUUGAACUCCCAUAUUUCCUUAGAUGAAUUCAAGUUUAUUUUCUUUAUGGAGUGGGUUCACAGACUAUGGGGCCGAGCAAUAGGAGCGAUUUUUGUUUUGCCGGCAAUUUAUUUCGCGACUGCGAAGAAAUCGUCCCCUCACGUUAAUAGAAGGUUAUUUGGUCUAGCGUGCUUGUUAGGAUUGCAAGGUUUUAUCGGGUGGUGGAUGGUGAAGUCAGGCCUCGACCAGGAGCAAUUAGACGAAAGAAAAUCCAAACCAACCGUUUCUCAGUACAGAUUAACAACGCAUCUCGGAGCUGCUUUCCUGCUCUAUAUGGGCAUGCUAUGGACCGGCCUCGAAAUUUUGAGGGAGAGUAAGUGGGUUAAAGAUCCAAACUACGCCUUGAAAUUGUUCUCGAAAUUAGACAAUCCUGCAUUGAAACCGCUAAGAGGGCUUUCAUUAGGCUUACUGGGAUUGACAUUUGCCACCGCUAUGACGGGGGGGCUUGUAGCCGGCUUGGAUGCUGGUUUGAUCUACAACACUUUUCCUCAUAUGGGUGAUGACUGGAUCCCUAGCAAAAGGGAACUCAUGGAUAAGAAUUUCGCUCGCAAAAAAGACCAGAGUGACUUGAUUUGGAGGAAUAUGCUGGAAAAUCCCACAACUGUGCAGUUGAAUCAUAGAAUUUUUGCCACUUCCACCUUUUUUGCUGUUCUAGCGGUUCAUAUGUACUGCAACAAGAGAAAGAACCUUAUACCAAGAAAUGCCCUGAAGUCAAUGCAUUCGAUGAUGGGCAUCGUUACUUUGCAACUUGGACUAGGAAUUGCCACGCUGAUAUACUUAGUUCCGGUGUCACUCGCAUCAUUACACCAAGCUGGUGCCAUUGCCUUAUUAACUAAUGCUUUGGUGUUUGCUUCUCAAUUAAGGAAGCCCAGAGUUCCGAUGAGAAUUUUAAUUGGUGGAUUGUUUUCUAAGCAACAGACCCAAAAUGGCAGUAAAAUUCUUUCAGCAGCUUCAAAGCUGGCAAAGUGA